AUGCUCGAGAAAUUACUUGGAACGGUGUGUGGAAAGAUUCGAGAUUCACCCAAGAUUGAGGAGAGGAAGAUUAAAGGCACUGUGGUACUUAGGAAAAAGAAUUUUAUGGAUAUGACUGAUGUUGGUGCUUCGUUUCUUGAUCGAGUUUAUGAAAUUUUCAGAAAAGGUGUCUCGUUGCAGCUCAUCAGUGCUACUCAUGCAGAUCCAGAAAAUGGAUCAAGAGGGAAACUUGGAAAAGAAGCAUACUUGGAGAGUUGGGUAUCAAAGUUCACUUCGUUGUCUGCCAAAGAUGACGCCACAUUCAACAUUACAUUUGACUGGGACGAGUCUAUGGGAGUCCCUGGUGCUUUCCUUAUCAAAAACCAUCACCAUAGCCAGUUUUACCUCAAGAAGGUUACUUUAGAAGAUGUUCCGGGGCAUGGUCAGCUCCAAUUUGUCUGCAAUUCUUGGGUUUAUCCUGCGUAUCGUUAUAAAUAUGAUCGUGUCUUCUUUGCAUACAAGACAUACCUUCCAUAUAAUACACCGGGGCCACUGCGGUCAUAUAGGGAAGACGAACUCAUUAAUCUUCGUGGAGAUGGUUCUGGCAUGCUGAAGGAAUGGGACAGAGUAUAUGAUUAUGCAUUCUACAAUGACUUGGGAAAUCCAGAAAAAGGAUCAGAUUAUGAACGUCCCGUGCUUGGUGGUUCAAAGGAACUCCCAUACCCUCGUAGAGGAAGAACAGGUCGUCGACAAAAUAAAAAAGAUCCAAACAUCGAAAGUCGAUUGCCACUACUGAAUUUGAAUAUUUAUGUUCCACGAGAUGAGCGGUUCAGUCCUGUGAAGUUCUCAGAAUUCAUCGGUUCUUCUCUUAAAUCCGUGGGUCAGGUAUUGAUCCCAGAGAUCAGAGCUGUAUUUAAAAAGAAUUCCAAUGAGUUCGACAAGUUCGAAGACAUACAUAACUUAUACAAGAAAAGGAAAAAAGAUGAGCUUCAAGACAGUCAUCUAACAAGAAAUACAAGAGAAUGCCUUCCAUGGGAGUCGUUCAAGGAACUUCAUAAAUUCCCGGAACCUGAUAUUAUCUCAGAAGAUAAAACAGCAUGGAGAACAGAUGAAGAAUUUGGCCGAGAAAUGAUAGCCGGAGUGAACCCCGUUAUUAUUCGACGUCUGGAGGAAUUUCCACCUGCUAGCAAGCUAGAUCCCAAAGUAUAUGGUAAUCAAAAUAGUUCAAUGACAAGGGAGCAGAUUGAGAAAAACAUGAGUGGGCUAACUGUAGAAGAAGCAAUUGCAGAUAACAAGCUGUUCAUAUUGGAUUAUCAUGACGUGCUGAUACCAUACCUUAGAAAGAUUAACACGACGACCACACAGACGUAUGCAAGUAGAACUGUCCUUUUGCUCCAAGAUAAUGGGACGUUGAAGCCACUGGCAAUUGAAUUGAGCAGAGAACAACCAGACAUAAACAUACAUGAUCCAAUCAGCCAAGUAUUUACUCUGUCUGAGCACGGAAUUGAAAACUCAAAAUGGCAGUUGGCUAAAGCUUACGUUGCAGUGAACGAUUCGGGCUAUCAUCAGCUCAUUAGCCACUGGCUGAACACCCAUGCAGUAAUAGAGCCAUUUGUGAUUGCAACAAACAGACAGUUGAGUGUGCUUCACCCAAUAUACAAGCUACUGCAACCACAUUUCCGUGAUACAAUGAACAUAAAUGCCUUAGCUCGGCAUACACUCAUCAAUGCAGGCGGAAUAUUUGAGAGAACAGUCUUUCCAGCAAGAUAUGCCUUGGAAAUGUCAUCUUUUAUCUACAAGAACUGGAACUUUACUGAGCAGGCCCUUCCUGAGGAUCUGCUCAAAAGAGGAGUGGCAGUUAAAGACCUGAACCAUCGUCAUGGUCUUAGACUUCUCAUAGAGGAUUAUCCUUUUGCUGUUGAUGGACUUGAGAUUUGGUCAGCAAUUAAAGAAUGGGUCACCGACUAUUGUUCUAUCUACUAUGAGACAGAUGACAUGAUCCAAUGUGAUUCAGAACUUCAAUCAUGGUGGAAGGAGCUUCGUGAAGAAGGCCAUGGAGACUUAAAAGACAAGCCCUGGUGGCCUAAAAUGCAGACAAUGGAUGAACUUAUUCAGUCAUGCACAAUAAUCAUAUGGGUAGCUUCUGCUCUUCAUGCAGCCGUCAAUUUCGGACAAUAUCCUUAUGCCGGUUUCCUUCCAAAUCGGCCCACUGUAAGCCGCCGAUUCAUGCCUGACACUGAUGAGCAUGCUAAGCUAGAAGAAAACCCUAAUUUAUUCUUCUUGAAAACAAUUACUGCCAAGUUCCAAACCCUCCUUGGUGUGUCGCUAAUAGAGAUACUCUCUAAGCAUUCAACAGAAGAGAUUUACCUUGGACAAAGAGACCCUAGCGAGUGGCCUUCCGAUGAAGAAAAAGAGGCAUUUGCCAGAUUUAGCACCAAACUGGUAAAAAUAGAAAACGAAAUAACAGAGAGGAAUAAAGACCAGGGCAUGAGGAAUCGAGACGGGCCAGCGAAAAUUCCUUACACCUUGUUGUAUCCCGACGCCUCGGACUACACUAAAAAAGGAGGAAUUACUGGCAGGGGAAUUCCCAACAGUAUCACAAUAUGA